UAGAUUUCCAGGUUGGGUUCCACCGAGAAACAGGUGCCUGUGGAAUUUUUGUCCUUAGCGACAUUUAUGAAGUCUUUUUUCUAGGCCAUAAAAAAUCUAGUAUUCUGUAUCUGUUUGACCUGAAAAAUAAUCAGUAGGAGUUUUUCGAAAAUGGACAGCUUUCUUGGCCUUCUCAGAAUCCGGGUGAAACGCGGCGUAAAUCUUGCCGUUCGCGACCUUGGCUCCAGUGAUCCUUAUGUUGUCAUCACCAUGGGAAACCAGAAAUUGAAGACUCGAGUGGUGAAAAAAAACUGCAAUCCAGUGUGGAAUGAGGAGCUUACUCUUUCAAUUACAGAUCUCAAUGUUCCAAUCAAUUUAACAGUUUUUGACAAAGACACGUUCACUGUGGAUGACAAAAUGGGUGAAGCAGGCAUAGACCUCCAACCAUAUAUCGCAAGUCUAAAGAUGGGCCUGCAAAAUCUCCCGAAAGGUUGUGUGGUCUCAAGAGUUCAGCCAAGCCAGAACAACUGCCUUGCUGAUGAGAGCUGCAUUGUUUGGGAUGAUGGAAAACUCCACCAAGACAUGAUUCUCAGAUUAAGAAAUGUAGAGUCUGGUGAAGUUACGAUUCAAAUCGAGUGGAUUGAUGUUCCAGGUUGUCGAGGAUUGAAAACUGAAGACAGGGAAGCACCAUGGAACCGGGUGAAGAACCGCAACUGAUCAAAUGAUUUUCGUAAUUUUACUGCUCACUGUAACCUCUCUGGGUAAGAUGCGACUGCUCAUUAAUUUACCGCGUCCUAACUGGGAGUUUGAUGACUGCAUUUGACCUUCUUCAAUUCUUUGGUUUUGUAACAAUUAAUCCCAGGGAGAACUUCUCGGAGUGCCUUCUAUUUCUGGCAUAGAGAUAUCAAUCAAGAAUUACUUGAAUAUUUUUCUCUGUUAA